AUGACUCGCACGGCCGGUCCUUGGUGUUUACGCAGCUCACUGCCACCGCCGCCGACUCUGUACGCCCCGGCCGAAAAGGCCUCUUGCGCUACGCCCCAGCCCACGUACUCUGACCAAGAGAACAGUGUGCCCGCGGGUCUGUUGCCUGCGGUCCUGUCGCCGCGUCGUGCCCGGCGAGAGCCUCUGGCCGUCAGGGAAUCCUCCACCGCAGCCGCCAAUGUGGACGACAUGGCGUGGCUCGCUCAGCCAGACGAAUCCCCAGUGCCGUCGCUCGGUCUGCGCCGCGGACCCGAGUAUGUGGCUCCUCAUCUGCGCCCUCGACGUGUGGGCAAGGGCAAUGAGGUGGUCGUCUACGAGCCGCCUGCUCUCGCCGGCCCAGGCCCGAUGGUCCUCCGUAGCGAGUCUCACCGCAUAUCGUACGUGCUUCCUGUCUUGCCGUCGAACAGAGCCGCCUGUACUAACCAGCCUCCUAGCAGUACGACGGCACCCCGGCGGCGCAAGCCUCGCAAGAGGAAGACGGCCUGGCCCAAGGCCAGUGAGAUGAAGGCCAUUCCUGGCUUCGACGAUGUCGACAACCUGCUCACCACCGCGGUAGAGGGUCUCGCCAACGACACGACCGAUCUGCGCCCCGCGAGGGACGACCACUGGCGGCCCAACCCCGAGACCUGGCCAGUCCACGCCCACUCCACCGCCACCGAAUGGGAACAGCGCAUUGCGCGGUGGCGAGACGGCCAGCCCCUUGAGUGCACGCAGUCUGGCUCGGUCUCCCUCUCCGCCAACAGCUUCCGCGAGGGCAAGGAGCUGGCACCCCGCUACUGGGUUGACGCUCCGAGCGAACCUUGGAAGGCCACCCAGCGCAAGGAGCCGGGUCAUGGAGUGCGUUGGAUGCGCCCGAGGAAGACACCGCCCCGCCUGUGCCUUGGUGGGAUCGAUAUGAAGACGAAGAGGCUCCCCACGGCCAUGGGCUUGCGCCGGUGUUUCUUCGCACUCUGCCGGUUCCUGACGCACGAGUCGACUCGGAAGAGGACCGCUGGCCUGGUGUGUCUUUGA